AUGCUCCCUCGCUCCAGCAGCUGUGACCUUUCUCCGCAGGGUCUUCUGAACGUCUCACUACGAGACCAUCCUGGCCCAGCUGAGCGGCCGGCGCCAGCUGCUGCAGGUGAUGAAGGACGGUGGGAGAAGUCGGCUGAGAUCUGCUCUGCUGAAGACGGAGGUCGGAGCGAGCUCUGCUGCGCUGUCGCUGCAGCUCCAGGCUGGACGUGUGCCGGGGGCCCGGAGCGGCGGCUCAGCACCCGGACUCAGCUGAUCCCAGACGCUCCGCUCGCUCAGCUGAAGGGUAGACGGAGCUCCUCCGCCAGAGUGUGCUGCCGCGUCUGCAGCGCGGCGACAGGAAGACGCGCCUCUCCGCCUCCUGCUCACAGCUCCGCCCCCUGGAGGAGGCCAGGACUGCGGCGGCGCGGGACCACAGGGUCGGUAUCCGAGGAAUGCGCGCGGAGAGCGACGGAGCCCGGGGCCCGGCGGGGGAGGGGGCGGCGCAGGAGGCGGGGCGGACGUGUGGGAACUCGCUGGGCGAGGCAGAAGCGCUCCUGCCGAGGCAGAAGCGGCGGGACCACGGAGGGGGAACCAUGUCCCGGGACGAGUGAGCGAGCCGGAGCGACAGCAGCAGCAGCAGCAGCAGGAGGAGGAGGAGCGUCAGCGUGUUCCUCUGAGCGUGUGCUGGCUGCAGGUGUUCGGGGGCGCAGAGACAUGGACUCGCUGAAGAAGGAGCUGGAGGAGGAGCUGAAGCAGAACACGGAGGAUCCCAGGAGCCACGCCUGGUACCACGGAGCCCUGAGCCGCCAGGCCGCCGAGUCUCUGCUGCGGCGGGACGGGGACUUCCUGGUGCGGGACUCCAGCUCCGGCGCCGGCGACUACGUGCUCAGCUGCUUCUGGAGAGACGAGCCCAUGCACUUCAAGAUCAUCCGAGUGGUGCUGCGACCCAAGAAGGGCUACUCUCGUGAACUCUUCCAGUUUGAGGAGGACCGCUUCGACAACGUCCCGGCUCUGAUCCGCUUCCACGUGGGCGGCCGCAGACCCAUCUCUCAGGCCAGCGGCGCCGUCAUCUUCAGCCCGGUGACUCGGACCUUGCCGCUGCGAGUCAUCGCCGAGCGACAGCACGAGUCCCAGUCGGAGCGCAGCAAGCGACUCAGCUUCAGCUGGGCCCAGGCCGACGGCCUGCAGCGGCUGCACCCUCUGCUCAGGAGCGGCAGUCAGCCCGCCGACCUGGAGAGCGUGGGACGCCGGCCCUCGCUGCAGUCGGCGCAGUCCGACAGCAACCUGAGAACUGGUGCACCGCAGAGCGCGACGUCGCAGGUGUCUGGCCCCGCCCCCAUCUCACCCGUGUUCCGCACUGGAAGUGAACCUUUGCUGAGUCCCGGACCUCAACAGACCCGCCCCUGUUUCCCAGGUGGCGGCGUGACGUUGCGAGGGUCAGACGGUCAGCUCCACCCCAAAGCUCCCCCCAAACCGCUCCGGGUCUCCGCUGUGUUCCCCAGCUCUGCCCCGCCUUCGGACCCCUCCUCGCUGUACGACACGCUGGUGGUUCAGGUCCCGGCGUCUCGCCGCAGGGGCCACGUGGACCGACUGCGGGCCGAGGAGAAGUGGCAGAGCCGCGCGCGACUGACCGAGACCUCCUUCGGCUUCCUGGAGGCUGAGAAGACGCUGGAGCUGCAGGAGCGAGACUGGAGCUUCCGCCGGCCGCUGGUGGAGUCGCGCUCCUGCUUCCAGCUGGAUCAGUUCGAGUCGCGGCUGCUGCCGGAGAACAACCGUCCCCUGGAGCCGGGCGUCCUGCUGGCCCUCAAAGAGAUCUUCAACCGCUCGGACGCUCGCAGCACGGCUCUGCACAUGCUCAGCGUGGACUGUCAGGUGGCCCGGAUCGUGGGGGUGACGGAGGAGCAGCGGAGCGUCAUGGGAGUGGAGUCGGGCCUGGAGCUGAUCACGCUGCCGCACGGGCGCCAGCUGAGACUGGACCUGCUGGAGAGGCAUCACCUCAUCUGCCUGGGCGUCGCCGUGGACGUGCUGGGCUGCACCGGCACGGUGGGCCAGCGGGCGGCGGUGCUGCACAAGCUCAUCUGUCUGGCGCGAGCGCUGCGCGAGCAGGCGCACGACCUCUUCUCCUUCUCUGCCGUCAUGAAGGCGCUGGAGCUGCCGCAGAUCGUGCGGCUGGAGAUGACCUGGCGAGCUCUGAGGAGGAAACACACUGAGAGCGCGGUGCUGUUUGAGAAGGAGCUGAAGCCGUUCAUGGCGUCGCUGAACGAGGGCGACGAUUCGGCGAUUGAGGGUCCGGUCGCCGUCCCUCACCUGGUCCCGCUGCUGAUGGCCCUGGAGGGCGAGGACCCGCUGGAGAACAGCGAGCGCGGCUGCCAGCUUCUCUACGACCUCCUCCAGUCGGCGCGCCGCGCCGCCCUGCGCGCCCGGGACCACCAGCGGCACGCGCUGCACCUGCUCACCGCAGACUGGCGGCCGGUCCCGGAGCUGCUGGAGGCCUUCAGGACCGAGUUCGCCCUGCGGCUGCUGUGGGGUCAGGCGGGCGCCGAGGCCGAGCGCUCGGAGCGCUACGACAAGUUCGACAAGAUCCUGUCCGUCCUCUCCGACAAGCUGGAGCCGGUGGAGCUCAGGCCGGCGGCGCCGGAGCCGGGUCAGAAGCAGCCGGACUGAAGCAGUGAAGCCACGCCCACUUUAUUACUCUGAUGUUGAGACUGUUUAUAAAGAGCGAGCGAGAGAAAGAAGCCUGCUGCGUGUGGUGUGUCAGGACAACACUGCGGCUGAGGAGCGGAGUCCAGUCCAGUCCAGAUGCGCGGCUCCUCCUCCGGGAGCGAGAGGCGUGGCUUCCAGUUCACAUCAGAGGUCGGCUGAAGGUCGACGUCUGGAUUCACAUUGAGGAAAAAGUGCCGCGACCUUGAGUGUCAGGGUCCGACCUUGACGUAGGACGAGGGGAUGUAACCCUCCUCUCCGUUGGCCCUCAGGACCCUCAUCCAGCCGUCGCCCUUGUCCUCCUCCAUGAUGCUCAGCUGCUCGCCGUCCGUGAUGGAGAUGGUCCCCUCGCUGCUGCCUGCCCUCACACACACACACACGUGCGCGCAGGCGUCAGGCGCGGCCAGCGCGGG